GUGGCGGCGGCGCCGCGGCGGGCGCGGAGCGGGGCCGGGCCGGGGGCGGCGGCUCCGGGGGGUUCGCUGGAGCCUUGGUCCCAGCUUGGCAGCUGUAGGAGCCGGGGGUACCAGGUCAGCAUGAUCCCGGGGCACGGGCCGGUGAUCCAGUCGGUGCUGGGAACGCUCCUCACCUGGGGGCUGACGGCAGCUGGCUCAGCACUGGUCUUUGUGUUCUCCAGUGGGCAGAGGCGGAUCCUAGAUGGCAGCUUGGGCUUCGCUGCGGGGGUCAUGCUGGCUGCUUCCUACUGGUCCCUCCUGGCCCCGGCCAUCGACAUGGCCGAGGAGUCCGGCGGCUUCGGAGCCUUCGCCUUCGUGCCGGUGGCCGUGGGCUUUGCCCUGGGAGCAGCUUUUGUGUACUUGGCCGACCUGCUCAUCCCAGCACUGGGUUUCAGUGGACCUCCCCACGCAGCGUUUGCCCUGAGCUGCGACCAACGAGCAGUGAAAGAAAAAUAUGAGCAUGAACCUGCUCAUCACCUGGACUACGAGAGCGAGUUGUCCAUCCGGAUAGGUAGAGCUGGGCUCCAUCCAGACAAAGGUGAGAAUGGGGAGCCCUACCAGAGGAGGAGAGGUGUGGGGACCAGCCUGCCUGACAGCCCCCCAACAUUCCCCACUGCCAGGGACAGUGCCCCCCUGGCUGGCAGCAGCAGCUGGAGGCGGAUUCUGCUGAUGAUCCUUGCUAUAACUAUCCACAACAUCCCAGAGGGUCUGGCAGUGGGAGUUGGAUUUGGAGCUAUUGGGAAAUCAGCCUCUGCGACCUUCCAAAGUGCCAGGAACUUGGCAAUCGGGAUUGGGAUUCAGAACUUCCCGGAGGGCCUGGCUGUCAGUCUGCCUCUGCGUGGUGCUGGAUUUUCCCCAUGGAAAGCGUUCUGGUACGGGCAGCUGAGUGGCAUGGUGGAGCCCGUGGCUGGUGUCCUGGGUGCCUUGGCCGUGGUGGUGGCAGAGCCUCUCCUCCCCUAUGCCUUGGGCUUUGCAGCUGGAGCAAUGGUCUACGUGGUGAUGGAUGAUAUCAUCCCUGAGGCACAGACCAGUGGCAAUGGGAAGCUGGCUUCCUGGACCUCAAUACUGGGAUUUGUGGUGAUGAUGUCCCUGGACGUUGGGCUUGGGUAGGGCCAUGCACCACUCCCCAGGAGAAGACUUCAGAGCCAUUUCUGCAGCAGUGUUUGUAACUGGACACGCGUUAUCCUCGAGACCCUUUUUUAUAUGUAUAUUUUUUGGAUCUGGUUCGGUGUUGAUUUCCUAUAAUUUUAUACCUUUUCCUCCCCUCCAACAUCGUGUCAAUGGUUUUCAAAGCACAAAGACGGGUGGUUCCUCGUGGGUCCUGGUUUCCUUUCACCACCAGGUUUUUCUUUUCCCCUCAGGAGGGUUGUUGGACAACACGUUGGUUGGGCUGCAGGUCACCAUGUCCUUCCCUUCCGUGCUGGGCUGGUUUCUCUGAGUCAGGUCACUCUGGGUUUUGAUCAGUUUUGUUCUUUAGAAGAUUAGAAAUUUGCUGUUGCGUGGUUAAGCUGCUCUGUGGUGAAGUACCAAGGCAUUUGAAUGGAGUAAACUCUAUCCAGAGUCUCAACUGUGACACUUUUUUCAAAAGGCAGGUGGAAGGUGAUGGGGCUAAGGUAACACGUGCAGUACGUGGGAUGGCAGGUCCCCUGGAUCCUGCUGGUCCUUGGGAAUGUUUUAGGGGAUUUGUUUCAAUGGGUGCAAACAGGCCAGGCAAAUAAAAGUGAAUUUUCUUGGGAUAUCUGUAAGAGGGAAAUGUCAUUUUUUCCUAAAUUUAGUUUCCUAAGUGAGGCAUUGAUCCAAUUCAUUGUGUCCAAUACCCUGAGGUUUUCUCUGAGAAAAAAAGAAACAGGAAGGAAGAACUUCUGUGUUUUCCAGCAUGUCCUCUUUGAAGAGGCGAGGUGGGAUGUCCUGGUGUGCAGCAGGACACGUUUCCACGUGGGGCCUCUUCUGGCCUUACCCAGUGAGUGCUGGUCCAUGGCUGCUGGCUCCGAUGGCUCAGACUUCCCAAGAGGCCCAGGCAGGUUCUUCCCAGCUGUGGCCCUGGUUACACCUCACCCCUCAGAGGAGCUCGGAGCUGAGUCAGGCCCUGAGCCUGCCGGGAGCUCCUGUCUCCCUGAGCAGCAGCAGGAUGAAAGAAUCCAUCAGGAUGCAUUAACUAUCCUACCUGAAGAGCCAGGAAUGUGCAGCCUGUGUACCUGCCUCUUCACCCUCUGCUUUUCAAGCAUCUCUUGGCUGCACAGCAGGUCCCGAGCAGGCAGGAUCAGGCCCUGCCAGGCAGAGGAGCGAGCCCUGCCCGUCCCUCCCUGUGCCUGGACACACUGCCACGAGGAGGGGAACGCGGGAGCUGGAAGGGUGCUGCAAACCACAGCUCCUUCAGCCUUCAAGCAAGGAUGCUUCUGUCUUCAGGAAAAAGGGGUUCAUUGGUCCUUUCAGCAGGAAUAAGUGGAUCACCUGGCUGCCUGCAUCCCUGGGGGAGCAGGGCUGGGAGAGAGGGCAUCACGGGCCACCGUUUGGUGCUGCUGGAGGAGCUGCAGGAAGGGCAGCCAAAGGGAAGAGCUUUGAAUAAACUAACCUCGAGCCAGGCUUUCUGCUUUGGUUCUUUUUUAAUUUUUUUUAUUUUAUUUUUUGUUGGAUUUCAUUUGUACUUCAUUUGUGUGUCACUCUGGAUGAUGAUACAAAACUACUGUUUGGCAAUGGAUUUGACCUUUUAACUGUGAUUGGUUCCAAUAAAUGGGAAAUUCAGAGUU